AUGACAUCCUCAAUGUCGUCACAACCAACUGAUUUCUACUUAGCUUGUUGCAAUAAUGAUUUAAAGACAGUUCAAGAGAAUGCUAAUCGUUCGGAAAUCGAUGCUCCUGGAUCCGAUGGAAAUACACCUCUUCAUGCUGCUUCAAUGUAUGGUCAUGCUAAACUUGUCCGACUUUUACUACGAUACCAUGCUUCUCGUUCAAUUCGCAAUGAUGAGGGAUUUACUCCUGAAGAAUUAGCACCGAAUGAUGAGACUAGAGCAGCGUUCAAAGAUCCUGUGCGAACGAUCUCAGAUUCGAACCAUUUUGUUGCUUCAUCACGUGAAGUUGAAUGGCUUGAUUCAUAUAAAAAUGCCUAUCGAAUCUCAUACGAGAAUCAUGAACACAUGAAACGAUGGUUGACAAAAGUUGCAUUGCAUAAACUUCUCAAGGCAAUUGUUGAUGACUAUAUUGAAAGAAUUAAGUUUAAAAACGAAAAUGAUCGAAAAACGAUCAAAGAAGAAUUAUUAUAUGUGAUAGACGAAGAGGAUCCUCUUGGCUUAAUAUGGACAUAUACGAGUCCUAGUGUUAAAUUCCAUGAUUUUUUAAAUCAUGAUUUAGCCGAAUUAGGUUCCGAUUUUCGUUUUGUCAGCACUCAAGCUUUAAUCAAUUCAGGUUAUGUUGACAAUGAACCACCACAAGGAAAUAUUGUUUUAACACGUUCAUUUCUUUCAACAUCGAAAGAUCGAUCUAUUGCUGAACUAUUUGUUGAUUGUACUGAUCAUAAAAUUCAUCCGCCAGUUAUCUGUAAAUAUAAAGUGAUUAAUCCAAAAUCAAGUCUAUCCAUUGAAAAAAUUAGUCGCAUCGAAGAUGAAAAAGAAGUACUUAUUCUACCGUUCACUGUCUUUCAAGUUAAACAACAACGUUAUGUAGAACUGAAGAAGGAUCGUCAAAUCUAUAAUAUCAAAGAAAUUGAAUUAGAAGAAUGUGGUCCACUAUGA